CCAUCGAACUCGCUCUCGCCUCUUGAUCGCUCCCCUUCUUCUUGUCUCUCUCGCUCUCACGGUCUCGGAUCUCGUCGAUCUUUCGGGGAAAAAUGGCGGCGAUGCAGGAGGUGAGGUGCCGGCCGCCGGCUGGCGGGGAGGUGGUGGCGGUGGCAGCGGCGGCGUCGGGGGGGAAGAGGAGGGGGGCGGCGCUGUCGAUCGACGGGGCGGAGCCGCCAGAAAAGUGGAUCGAGCGGCUGAUAGGGGAGAACCCGGUAGUGAUCUUCAGCCGGCGGGGUUGCUGCAUGUGCCACGUCAUGAAGCGCCUCCUCGCCACGGUGGGGGUCCACCCGACGGUGAUCGAAUUAGAUGAGGCGGAGGAGGCGGCGGCGGCGGCCUCGGCUGCUGUGGGGCUUCCUGCGCUCUUCAUCGGCGGGUCUCCGGUGGGGGGCCUGGAGGGGCUGAUGCGGCUUCACCUCAGCGGCCUCCUCGUCCCCAGGCUCCAGGAGGUUGGAGCCUUCUGCGGGUAGAAUUUCUAAAUUCCAGCGAUUCCAGGAGGGUAAAAUUGUAAUUUUAUAGCACGUUUGUCGUCACUCUCUUAUGGUUUUAUUUUUAUUUUUUUUUUACCUACUUAUUUCGGGGAUUGGAAAGAUUUGAGUCGAGGUUGGAGGAGUUCCCCAUGGCGUUUGUAAAUAAACCAUAUCAUUAAAGGAGGGAAGGGUAAAAAGGGAAAGAAAAGUGUUUAAAAAAAAAAGUUUGGCUGCAAUUAUUACGUUUUUUUUUUA